AUUCGAAGUAGCGCAGAGAGCGUAAUGUUUAGAGCCUCGAUUAGAGUUCUGAGAUCAUGUCAACUGCAGCUAGCUCUCUUUCCCCACUUAGUUGAUAAUUAAACCAAUACCAGACCAGUCGAUCGACGGUAGCUGUCCUGUACGCAACGAACAGAAGUCGAUACGUUACAAAUGUUGAAGAUCGCACGUUUCUGCGACGUUUGGAUAAAAUGUCCUUUGACAAGAUUGUACACGCAGAAAGUAAACAUUGGAGCCAUCGGAGCAGAUUUACAAAAGGAAAUAGAUGAAAUGCGACGCAUCAGACCAUCGGAGCAACCGCCCAAAAUCUGGCAACAGAUAGAAAAAAAGAAUAUAGACGGGAAAUUGGUGAAAUUUACUAUCCAGGAGAUUCCAGAAGAUCGGUAUGAAGACGCGGUUCAACACAUGUGCACAUACUUCUUAGCCGAUGAACCAUCUUGCCGAUGUUUAAAUGCAAUAAACGAUCCUUUAUUUAUACAAGACAUGAGCACGCUAUGGCGUCUAAUGGUCGCACAAGGUAUAUCCAUAGCUGCAUUCGUCGAUAAUCCCAAUGGUAGAAAGCCUGUAAUUGCUGGCAUGAAUGCUUUGGGUGUUGAUGUUAAAAAUAAAAAAGAUGGCAUUUCUGGUUAUCAGUUUAAGUCAGAGAAUUGCAAACAUGUGCUUGAAGUCGUAACUGGUGCAACGAAAGUGGUAUAUGAACAUUACAAAAUUGACAAAUAUCUAUAUGCUAUUGGACUUAGUGUAGAUCCUGAUUAUCGAGGAUACGGAUUAGGCAAGGAUAUCCUGAAAAUCAGGAAUCUUAUCGGAUCUAUGUACGGAGUGCCAGCAACGUCCACUGUAUUUUCAUCAAUAAUUUCGCAAAAGUCAGCGGCAGGUGCAGGAUUCGAAGUAAUCCAGACGAAAAAUUUUGCUGAUAUGGUAGACAAAAAUGGAAAAGAAUAUUUUCCUGGAAUUGAUUCCAAGGAUUUUAAAGUCAUGAGUAAAAGAUUGUCUUAAUAUGACCUGAUGAUAAA